UACCAAAAUUAAUUAUAUUAUACGUAGAGACCCGGAUCAAUGGACCACCCGGUUUCCUCCUUGAAUCAUUAAAGUUGCACACUUUUCCCCAGUUUUCACAUGUCUCUCUUCUUCUUUUUCCCUCUGUUUGGUAGCGCACCAGAAACAGAGACCAAAUUUGAAUCAGGGAAAAAGGGAUAGCAAACAGCUUUUUCCCCUUCCUUCACUCAUAUCUUUGAACUCUGUUCGUUGUUCCUUACUUUCUCCGACGAAGGAUUGAUGUUAUGGGGCAAAGCUCUGCACCUCCACCAUAAUAGAGAAUGCGUCGAGUUCCACAUCCACAACUUAAUCUCUGCGAUGCCUACGGCCAUCAAGAUCGCCGAUGAAUUCUCCGGCUCUGAUCAGGAAGACACCCACAGGAAAAGGAAGUUGGUCAUCACCGGUGGAUUCUGCUGAACAUGCUGAAGGGAAAGAAUUCCAGCUUCUGGUCGAUGAAGCCGUAUUGGCAGUUGGACGAUCUAAUCGUGAAGAGACUGGAAGGGAACUGGAAGCUCUUCCCCAGUUCGAUUCUAGUCGGAGUUCCUUGAUCGACAAUGUUGACCCUAUGAUUCCUGGGAUUUCUCGACUUUCGUCGCGGUCACAUCCCAACAUUCUGCAAUUUCUCUGUGGGUUCACCGACGAGGACAAGAAAGAGUGUUUCUUGGUGACGGAACUGAUGAGUUGCAGAGACAUCAAGAGCUACAUCAAGAAAGUAUGUGGCCCGAGGAACAAGUGACUACCCUUUUCGCUCCCCGUCGCCAUUGAUGUAAUGUGGAGAUUGCUCGAGGGGAUGGAGUGUCUCCACUCCGAGAAAAUUUACCACGGGAAUUUGGAAGCUUCAAACAUUCUCGUAAAGCAGAGAACUUCAACCCCAGUAGCAGGGGAAGGUUACCUUUCUCUGUCAUCAGGUCAUCGAUGACUUCCUUCCUCGCCUCCAAGCUCGUCGGGCUCCCUAUAGUCGCCGUCAAGUAUCAGCUCCCCAACAUCGGUGCACGGCGACCAUCCGGGUUUCUCGCCGACGUAGUGGCGGAUAUUCUAAUUUAAUUUUUUUUGGUAACUUAAUUAUUUUUUAUUAAAUAAUUAAUAUGAUAAAUCAUAUAUAUAAAGUAAGUGGAUGAUGAGGUGGACAAAUAAAUUUUUUUUUUAACU